GACUAAAGGUUUACUUACCCGUAUGCCAUAUGGGCCCUACCGCCGAGGCUACCGGCCUACCUUAAAGUCUAAAUCAAUGUUGCAAUGCCUGGAUAAGUCAAAUUGUGCUUGUGGAGAUAGGUUCUAAUGCACUGCACUGAUGUCUGAGUCUGACUGCAGCCUUGCAGGUGCUUUAGGUUUACAGUGCUUAAAAGUUAGAGCCUAUGGUAAACUACAAAUUGAUCAUUUGUGAUUUGUGGUUCUUUGAUUAAAUUGAUUAGGCUAUAAAAGAAAUGAAUAUGGAUGAGUAUGAUCAGAAGAUAUUGACAGCCAAUAUUUUCAUCCAAACUCAAGCUGCUGGGGCUCUCUACUCCAAGAUACUAUCAACGAAAAAAGAUGGAAACAAAUCUGAUCAAACUCCUGAAAUUGCAGCACUGUACCUGUCAGUUCGGAGAGGUGAGGCUGGUGAAGUUGGUGCUGCAUUAUCUGGGCUUUUGGCUCUUUUGAACAAUGACAUCAUCACCCCCAUCAAGCUGCUCUCUAAUCUACUUGCUGAUGUGCUCUCAGCAAAGGUACCAGCCCCUAUCGUACAAGCAAUCUCUCAAGUAAUGCUUAUUAUGAGUGAAAAAGAUUGGAGGAAGAGGAAAGACACAAAUGAUUUGAUAACAACUUCAGCUUCUGAAAAAAUUGAACCUGAAGCCUCAGGUUGUCUUACAAAUCCCUUUUCUGGUCCUCCAAGUGGACCAGUGAGUCCAUUUGUCACACUUGUGCGAAAGAAAAUUGAUUUGGCACCCUUAGUGCUGGAAGAGUGCUCAUAUUUACUGAACCAUCCAGACAAAAGAGUACAAGAUAUCAGUGUGUCAAUGGUGCAGCCAUUGCUUCUGUACAGCUCAUGUCUGAUUGAGACAAGCAGUUGUGCCCUGCUGCUGUCACCCUUGUUGCAGCUGCUGCGUGAAGCAUUUAGGAGCACCAGAAACUCGGACAUUGUGUCUGCUCUGCUUACAGCUGCUCAACUUACCCGGAGUUGUAGUUCUGCUCAGUUGGAAGCUAAGAUGUCAGUCCUCUGCACCAUUGCAAGUAUAGCUCUUGACAGCCACAACGAUGCUCUCCAGCACUGCAUACUGCCUGCACUUAUCUGCACCUUAGGACCAGCUACGGAAGGAGGCCUGUCGACUCGUACGUUGAUGCGCCACAUUGUAGCCAUAGUGCCACGCAUAGAGGGAGGCUGCGACGUUUCUGUGGGCGCCCUGGCUCUGGCUCUGCCUCGCGUCACCACCGCCAACCUCGUUACUCUUCUCAAAUGUUGCGGACAGCUGGUGAGCAGCAGCUGCAGCAACCCUCUGGUGUGCUGCACUCUGCUGUCGUCUGUGCUACAGAUCCUGUCAGCGCCUUGCAGCACAGUGCCAGCACUGACUUCUGCUGCGUCUGCACUGGCAGCUUUAGUGCAGCACAAACAAGUUACUCCGAGCGAUCUCAACAUCACAGGUAACCCAUAUUGGUCUCAAGUAGUGCGAAUUUUUCCGAGUCUACCUUCGCUUGUGACGAUGGUGGAGGUGUGCAACCAACUUGUGGUUGACCCCGAGUUGUCUGAUAGGUGGUUGAAAACUCUAGCUCAACCGCCCACCAAACUCAACACAGUCCAUCGUCUCAUGGUGACCGCGGUGUUCCUGUACCAAGGCAGCCCUCCACGAGCCGUUGUUGAGGCAGCUCGGGCUCUUGAGCGCGAAGUGGUGAGCACCCGAAGCGGUGAACUCGAGCUCUUCCCGCAGCUGCUGUACAGGCUUGCCAGGGACCGAGAUCCCGACACCCGCCUCACUCUGCUGCACCUUAUGCCCUCUCUGGCCUCCAACAAGAUGUGUGUGUCCCUGAUCCUCAAGACGCUGUUCUCGCUGUGGUUGAGCGCACCCUUGCGCCCCGUGAUCCUGCGGGUUACCUACGACUUGUGGCGCGUCGAGCCGCGCGUCUACGCUCAUCUUCUCAAACUUAUUGCGGACGCCGAGCAGAAGGCCAAGCAGGGUGGCAAGUGGGACGGAGACCUCUGCGUUGCCCGCGCCUUCGUCAUGGCACAAAUAUGCAAAGAUACUCCUUCCCAACACGGCGAAGAACUCCUCCCUAUGUUAUCAAACAUUCUCAACGAUAACAGCAGCAAGUCGAGCGUCGUGUACAGCAGCGGCAUCAGCAGCAACUCGAGCGACCCCAGCCACAGCCUCCUCGUUUCAACGUGCGUGUGUUGCUUCACUCUGGACGGCAUCACUGAGCUCAUACGAGGCGGCGUGAUAGACUUGCGCACCACGUGGCGCGUGCUGGCUCCCCAGCUCUCCAAAGACAAGCGCCCUGAGGUCAUCGCAGCGCUCUGCAGAAUGUUGUCUCUCGCCGCUAAACUGCAGGUAAAGAGCGACGAAUUCACCGCGUUUUGCACCAACACUCUGAACAUCUUGUGGUCGUGGACAUCUCACCAGAACAAGACUGUGGUGCGUGAAGCAUACUUGGCGCUCGAGGAGUUCAACAUGGCAAGCUUCGUCCUGAAGAUGCUCCCUGCACACGCCCGUCACGGCAUUAAGCUGCCAGACAGUCUGGCAGCCACGCCGUUUGAAGCUGCACGUAGACCAGAAGACGUUCUGACCUACGUUCCUGGCGAGGCAUGGAUAAGCCUGGUCAGAGGGGCCAAAGUGUCGCACAUGCCUUACUUGGAGUCUUUUGUGCAGUCGUUAAUAAGGCGCGAGGUUGCCGGUCUUUUCAAAGGAAUGUACCUGACAGCCAUUCAGGAAGCUAAGAGGAGAGGACUUAAAGGCAGUGGUGGUCAGCAUGAACCGCUCUGUUACGACUUCAUGAAAGAAUAUUCCACUCUGAAAGCUACUGUUGCCUUCCUACGAUCGAUACCCAAAGAUUUAGCUGCUUGUGGGACUAAAGAUGAGGGAGAGAAGUUGCUGAAUACGUUGCUCAUUUUCUUGAAGGCUUUGGGACAGCCUCUAAAUAGGCCCUACCCUGCACUUGAUUGGAUAUUGUUGUCCGCAGUCCAGGAGGCAGUGAACGAAUGGUGCCAGAAACACGCAAAAGUUGACUGGGAUGAACAAAUUCGCCACAGCGUUUUUGGUAUAUUGGCCAAACAGUGCAACAAAUCAGCAAGUGCUUCUACACUCAUUUCCAAAUAUUUGGUCCCAUCUGCAUCAAAUGGCUUGACCCAGAAAGAUGAAAUUAAACUCUUUGGCCUCAUGGAUUAUCUUGGCCGCGGCAUCCCACCGUCGACUCUUCAGCCAUUCAUUACUUUCACUCUCAACAGAUACAUCGGUGACGAACAUCAGCUCAAUCUUUUGCUGGACGCCGUACGCCCAGUUCUCACAUCUGAAUUCAUACACGACACAAACCGCAAUGCCCUUGGCAACGCAAUUGAAAAUCUGAACGAUAAAAUAGACCCCACGAACUCAGCGUUGUACAAUAGCUACAAAGCGUGCGUGGCAGACCUGCCUUCCAAGCACAUCGAGCGCCUGACCUCACCGUCCCUGUGGUGGGAAGUGACAGAUGAGCGCCUCUACCGGGCGGCGGUGCUGCGCUGCCAUGUCGCCGUGAAGGAUCAAGAGGAGAUGGCACUGCAGUGGCUCAACGAUAUCGUAGACUGUGCUGCCAGUUUACCUGGUGAUCGCUCGGCAUUGCUCAAAGAGAUCGCUCGAGCCCUCACACUGCGUUAUUCUGACCAAGAAAGUUCGUCAUGGUUUCUGCAGCUGUUAGGACAGCUUUUAGAGCAAACGAAGAAAAAAGUCCCUGACAACCUGGUCGCCAACCACGAACACAAUCAAAGGAUAUUAUUCUACUCCGACCUCAUCAUCAUAUCUCUUAUUGUGUGGUCUGGUAAUUAUAUCCAUUGCGGCAUCGAUAAGAUCAUUGACGAACCUGCCUUACGCCAUCAGCUGUUGGUCUCUUCAAUCGUGUCUCUGAACGAGAGAAGUCACUGGGACCAAACAUUACCUCAGCUGCUCAAUUUUCUCGUAUCCUCUUAUCAUUACUUGAAGCAGUUUCUCGCAGCUAAGAAAGAACUCGUUGACUCGACGCUCGUAAUUGCCAAUAUCUGCUCUGCUCUCAGCCAGCAGAUGUGGAAUAAAGUAGUCACCCUCUGUGUAGAGGUCAGCUCGUGAACAAGUUCAACAAAAAUGCUACUAUACGUAACUAAAUACGUCAGCUCAUUAUUUCUGCUAUGAUUUAUCAACUCUUGUAACCCGUGUUAGUUUGCCUUUAGUAACAAAUUAUACGUAAUCGCGUAAUUCGUUGGCAAGAUUCUUCAUCAGCUUACCGCAUGUUCUGCCGAAGUAGACGAAUGAAUAUUGUAAUAUUGUACUAUUAUGGUAAGUUCAAGUGUACGCUCUCGAUAUUGUGAACUAGUCAUUCUAAAUUUUCUUACUACUGCAUUAUGUAUCUUGACUCUAUCCUCAAACACGUAAAUAUUUGUGCUUCGGCGAAAUAACCGUUAUCGAAUUAUUUGAGAAAAAUAAGUUAAAUCUUCGUAGGCGUCUUAUCAGGGUAAACGCAAUAAUGUUUAAUGUUUAGAUCGCAUUGAACGAAAUCCGCUGUCAAAUAAGCGCGGAAGGAUAUAAAAAAUCAACUUGUGUAAACAAAUUUAAUCUCGUGCUAAGUAGCAAACAAGUGUAGCGUCACAGACCCUUGAAAAAAUGUCCUUAAAGGAAUUCACGCUAACAGUAUUGCACGUAUGAGAAAGGCGAAGUACUCAAUUGGCUUCGAGGUAUUAAGGUUUUCUAAAUCUUGAUCAACGUCGUUGUAUUUCAUUUAGAACAUAAUUACUUCAAUGAACAUUAUUAUUUAUUACCGCAUUUCAGAGCCUUGUUACGAGUGUCCAUUGGUGUGACGAGUAUUCUAUACAAGAUAUCGCAUUAUCUAUUUGUGUACCUUAACUAACAUGAAUGAAUACAAAUCAAACGGAAUGUUUGAAAAGGCUUGAGAGUGGAAAAAAUA